CAGAAGCUGGACUCUGAACGGGGAGGGUGUGGCUGCUCCACAGCUGAGUUUCACCUGAAGGCAAAACAAUCAAGCCUCCAACAACAGAGCCGCUGCCAGGCCUUCAGGAGCACACUCAAAUCUUUGGACUAUUCACUCUCUUCAAGGGGUAAAAUGGAACCUGGAGGCACAAACACGCGCUGGGGGUUGGCUGUGCUGUUCCUGUUACUGAUAACAUCUCAACCGAAAACAGAGGCAAUGACGAUAACAUCCUCGGGGCCAGUAACCGUUCAAAAAGCGCAAGGAGAGAUGGUGACCCUGGGGUGCACUUACACACAGGACUCGCAGGACACAGGAGACCUGGACAUUGAGUGGUCCAAUGUCAACCCAGACAUGACACAGAAAGAUACACUGAUUUUAUCGUAUACAGGUGGCCAGACACACCACUAUGACAUGGGUCUCGCCAAAAGGAUCAAAUUCACAGGCGAUCCGAAGCUGGGCGACGCUUCAGUCUCCAUCUCAGAUCUGAAAGACUCAGACUCGGGAACGUACCAGUGUAAAGUCAAAAAGUCCCCGGGUGUGGACAUGAGAAAAGUCAGUCUGCGGGUGCUGGUUCCCCCGUCAGUACCAAAGUGUUGGGUCGAAGGUGGUGAGCAGAAGGGUGGAUCUGUCUCUCUGAACUGUAAAUCCUAUCGGGGAUCCAUUCCCCUUACCUAUGUCUGGAAAAGAGAGAGUGGGGGUGCGAUGCCCUCGACCGCGACCCAGGACUCAGAAACCGGAGAGCUCUUGAUCAAGAACCACACAGACAGCUACACUGGAACUUAUGUCUGUGAGGCAAGCAACGCUGUGGGCAAAGCCCAGUGCAAAUAUUCACUGAGUGCAUAUAACCCGACCAAUAAGGCGGGUGUGAUAGCGGGCGCUGUGAUCGGCGCUCUGCUGCUGCUCAUCCUCCUCCUGCUCCUCAUCUGGCUCCUGGUCUGCUGCUGCCACAAGAAACGCUACCAGAAGGAGGUGGCCAAUGAAAUCAGAGAGGAUGUCCAGGCCCCGGAGAGCCGGCCGUCCAGCAGACAUUCCAGUUUCCACUCGGUGGCGGGGUACCGCACUCACCACGGGGUGCAGUACAGCGCCGUGGCCAGCCCCCUGCCGAGCGUUAGUGAAACCGGCCAGAUCUUUACGGGUGGCAGUAAUGGGCCAGCGGGGAACAGCUCUGCUGCCCUCACAUAUGACCACCAGUACGGAUACGCCGUGUAACUGCCAGCGCCAAGCUCCUUAAGGAGGAAAAAAUAUUGUUUAAAGUGUGAAAAGAACUCACGAAGAUAAAUACACAUAUCAUUCGCCAAAGUGGAUUGGGGUGCAGGACUUACGCGUGAACAAAGUGGGGGCUGGUGCGGACAGGGCUGACCGACACCUCAGGACCCGCUGGACCUGUUGUAGACAAAAAAGAACUGGUCAUUAUUGAUGGUAUUUGCUUAAACUGAAUGUAAAAUGUGCAUAGCAAAACAGCUAUUUUUAUGAAGGUGUUUUUUUUUUUUUUUUCAAAGUCAUUUAAUUGUUUACAUUUUAUUUUUCAAAGAUGUGUAAAGAAUAAACCAUUUUACCGGAAAAAUCUGAGCGGA